GCCUUUCGUCCGCCAGCCGUCCGCCUGCAAGAUCCGCCUGUUUGCCUCAUAUCCAUCCCCAGCCUGCAAUAUCCUGCGCUCGUCUCUGCGUUCGGUCCGAGUAUAGUCUUGGCCUCAAUCUAUCGCCUAUCGCCUCCUGCAUAUCGACAUCCCUCUCGACGAGGCCCAUCCCGCCCCAUCCCGCCCCAGCGACAAUAUCGGCUGCAUCGACAUGAACCGUCUCAGCAACAUCGAGAGCCAAAUGGAGACCCUGCCUUCGGUCCCUCAUCCGCUUUUGGAGCCUUCGCAGACGCCUUAUCCGCCCAUGGACCCGCAGCAUCACUGGCGGCCGCUUGCUCCGUCCGCGCCGCGGCCUCCAGAGCCAACCCUUCUCGGCGGCGUCCCCGGUGGUGCGUCGAGCUCGCAGCCGCCCGGUAUCCAGACCGUCGACGUAGAGCUCAAUGAGUCUUCGCUCUACAUCGAGCCAAGCGAGCGGUUCUAUCAGGACUUUCUGUUCUCGUUCUUCUACCUUUUGUGUCUGGCCUUCAUGUUCAGCAUGGGUAUCCAGUCCCUGUCUACUCCCUUGCCGUCGCCUAUGCAUGGCACGAUUCUCGGCAACACCAUUUACGGGACCCUUCGUCAAAGCUCAGAUCUUCUUCUUUCGGCCUGCGCCACGGCGAUACUGAUAGGAGUGUGCUGGCUCUACUUCCUCAAAAGUUUUGUUCGACCGAUUUUUCUCUUCAGUCUGUACAUCACCCCGCUUGCAUGCAUUGUUAUGUCCUUGUCGAUUUUUACAAACACCCUGGCUGCCAAAGCCCAGCCGAGCACUGUGUAUGUCCCCGAGUACGAUUGGAUGAUUGCUCUGGCCAUCAGCUUCUUCAUCGGCGGCAUCGGCCUUGGCAGCUUCAAUCUCACCAAGCGGCGCCAAAUCGAGCAGACGAUUCACGUCAUGGAGCUUUCGUGCAUGAUCCUCAAGAACAAUCCAAGUCUCUUUGGGCUCGGGCUGAUCGUGCUGUUGAGCAACAUGACGUUCAGCAUUCUGUGGCUCACGUUUUUCGUGCGCCAGUAUCUCAACAGCACCGUCGCGGAGAAUCGAUGGACGCUGGCCCCAGGAUCGUACUACACGAUCCUCUACUUUGUAUUCAUGUAUCUGUGGACCGUCGCGAUCCUCAACAACAUCGAGCGAGCCACGAUCGGCGGUGUUGUUGGGGAAUGGUAUUUCAAAAAAGAUCCCGACUUUGUUAUGAGCGAAGACAACACCAUCAAGAAUCUCAAGUGCUCACUCACCAAAUCGUUCGGAUCAGUGGCGCUCGCUGGGUUGAUCAUGUCGACAGUUCAAUUUCUGAAGCUGAUGGUUCGAUACAUACGAAAGCAAUCCAGACACAGCAGUUGGUCCAUAAUGGGCUUGCUGGAUGUCUGCUUGUCCUGCGUCGGAGGCUUUGUGGACUUGCUCUCGUCAUACACCCUGGUCCACAUUGGAUUCUCGGGCGACUCCUUUAUGGCCUCGUCGCGCUACUGCACGCAGCUCUUCCGUCGCAAUCUCGUCAUAGGACUUGCGUCGUCUCUGUUUGCCAAGUUGAUUGUCAAAGGCGGCACACUCCUCAUCUCGACGGGCGCUGCAAGUUAUGUCUUUUUCGAGGUCACAUCGCGACAGCGGCGGCAAGACUCGGAUCGCUCUGAUACGCCGCAAGGCGGUGCGGCGGCGGUGGCUGCAUCUGUGACCUGGCUGUUCGUCUGGUACUUUUUGGAAACCAUCGGGCACGUUUUCCAGAACACCGUCGAUGCUACGUUCAUCUGCUACAUCAUCGAUCUCGACACGAACCAAUGCCACCAGGAAUCGGCCCACAAGGUGUUCAAAGACUCUCCCAACUGAGGGAUUUCCUGGCCUGUCUGCUGUGCCCUAAUCAGCGACCCUGCCCUUGCGAUCCUGGAAGGGGCUCUGUUGAGCUAUCAGCAAAGCACCAUCUUUCACAUGAAUAUCAGUACAAUCCG